GAAAGAAGGAAAGAAGGAAAGCAGGGAUCGGGCACUGCCCGAGGGCGGAUGCUUGGGCUUUGGUGUUGUCCAGCGCGCUCGCAGCGCGCUGCCUCGCUCGCGCGGUCCCAGGCCCCGCUUCUUCGGGCAGUGCCUGGGGCAGGAGGGUUGGUGUGUGGGUGGCUCCCUAAGUCGACACUCGUGCGGCUGCGGUUCCAGCCCCCUCCCCCCGCCACUCGGGGGCGGGAAGUGGCGGGUGGGAGUCGCCCAAGCGUGACUGCCCGAGGCCCCUCCUGCCGCGGCGAGGAAGCUCCAUAAAAGCCCUGUCGCGACCCGUUCUCUGCACCUCAUCCGCUGGCUCUCACCCCUCGGAGACGCUCGUCCGACAGCAGAGUACUUGCCGCCCAGACACGCCCGCGCGCCAGCCACCAUGCUAGGUAACAAGCGACUGGGGCUGUCCGGACUGACCCUCGCCCUGUCCCUGCUCGUGUGCCUGGGUGCGCUGGCCGAGGCAUACCCCUCCAAGCCAGACAACCCGGGCGAGGACGCACCAGCGGAGGACAUGGCCAGAUACUACUCGGCGCUGCGACACUACAUCAACCUCAUCACCAGGCAGAGAUAUGGAAAACGAUCUAGCCCAGAGACACUGAUUUCCGACCUCUUGAUGAGAGAAAGCACAGAAAAUGUUCCCAGAACUCGGCUUGAAGACCCUUCAAUGUGGUGAUGGGAAAUGAGACUUGCUCUCUGGCCUUUUCCUAUUUUCAGCCCAUAUUUCAUCGUGUAAAAUGAGAGUCCACCCAUCCUACCAAUGCAUGCAGCCAUUGUGCUGAAUUCUGCAAUGUUUUCCUUUGUCAUCAUUGUAUAUAUGUGCGUUUAAAUAAAGUAUCAUGCAUUCAAAA